GAACACGCGUAGUUGUUGAGCUGGUUGCACCUGUAGGUGAAUGCUUGUCGUGAAUGAGUGCCGAUGAAAUGAUCGGACGUCUUUUUUAAUGUCUAGCCGGCGUCUAGCAAUAUAGCAAUGCCGCGGCUGAAGGCUACAGCCCCAAAGCGGCUGAGUUCAGCGAAUGAAAACGGAGUGAUCGACUUAAUAGGGGACGGGGAAUGUUCUGGUUCGCGCUUGUCACUGAUCAACGACGAGCCUGAAGAUGCUGUCCCGUGCGCUCCAAAGAAGACCAAACGAAAAUCGAAAGGACUGUCACCCAUGCAGUUGGAACUGAAACACCUCUUGUCUCAACACGAAUUCAUCAUUGUGGGGAUUCCGGCCAACCACUGCAAGGAUCACCAGGAUUUGUUCUGUUUUGGUCAAAUCAGGUUUGCCCUGGAUCAUCGGCUUAGUGACAGUAGUGGUGCCCUCUGUCAGAGCUUGUGUGACUCUAAAGUCUACAUUGGCUGGUGCAAAGAACAAACAAGGUGCCAGGUUAUCUACUGGGACACUGGCAAGUGGCUGACUUGCCCGGCUACACCCUCUGUGCCGGAAAACGUCCUCCUUGCUCUUCGAGUUCACAGUACAGCUGCGUCCACCAUUUCCAACAACCUUCAUCAUUCUCAUCGACAUCGGGGUAUUUUCCUGUGCAUCAUUGCUCAAGUGGAAGCCCUCGGCAUCUCUUUGGGCGUGUUCCUUGCCCCGUUCGGAAUUUCCACAUUGCAUCACCCAACUGACGUGCCGCGCCACAACGUCAACUCUGAAAUGCAGGACGUGGUUCAGCAUUUUUUUGGCAUUGCUCACCCAAGGUACCCGAUACGGCAGCAGUUCCCAAGACAGAAUGUCGACGAGCUCUACAUGAGAGUCGCUGAGGCGCAGGCGUCGCAAAAGGAAUCGGUCGACUCGUCCGAUGUGGAUGUGCAGCACCCCGGACUUGUGCCCACGCUCCGUCCCUACCAGCGGGACGUUGUCAGGUGGAUGCUUUGCAGGGAGAGGCAGCCCCCGGUAGCUUCCGAAGGCAACUUCCUCAGCACAACGGUGGUCGACUGCCGUGGGAAGACGCUCGCCUACAACGCUUUUGCAGGCUUUUUUGCAAAAGAAAAACUUCCUUUUGCUUCUGUGGCCAGACCAGGAGGAAUUUUGGCAGAUGAGAUGGGACUAGGCAAAACAGUUGAACUUCUUGCAUGCAUUCUCUCCAAUCCCAUGCCAGACAUUGAUGCUCUUUCUGUCAGCAGCUGUGAUACAGAAGUGUACCCAACUGAGUUCCAGGAUGACAUUGCCGAGGGUGCUAAAGUUGAGUGCUUCUGUGGGGAUUAUUUCAACUCGUGUGGCAUCCCUGAAGAGAUUGUGCUGUGUCCCGAAUGCGGUGUCUUUCAGCAUGUGGCUUGUACGACCAAAGACGGUCUCUGUUCUGAAGACCGAUACAUGUGUCCACAAUGCUGGGUGGAUCCCCAUAGGGAAAAACUCAAGGUGAAAGCCACCCUGAUUGUAUCUCCAGCCAGCAUCAGCUUCCAGUGGCUAGAGGAGAUUGAGAAGCACCAGACUGAGCUGUCAGUCAUGGUGUACGAGGGCAUCCAAGCCCAGGGCUUCGUGCCUCCCACAACAUUUGCAAAGCACGACAUUGUGCUCGUCACCUACGAAGUGCUGAAGAGGGAGAUCUACUUCACAGACCUGCCAAAUUCCAACGCUCCCGGCGGGCGUUCGCUCAGGAACCCCAAAAAAUUCCUGCCCGUCCCGUGCCCCCUGACGGCCCCGGAGUGGUGGCGGGUGGCCCUCGACGAGGCCCAGAUGGUCGAGGGCGCCGCCAACAACACCAGCAGGAUGGCGCUCAAGCUCUCCGCUGUCAACCGCUGGUGCGUCACCGGGACCCCCAUCCAGAAGAGCUUGCAGGAUUUGUACGGCCUGUUUCUGUUCCUGGGAGAAGAACCGUACGACAGUGAAUUUUGGUGGAAGGAACUGCUGUUGAUUCCAUACUGCAAUGGUAAUACAGAGCCGCUGGUCUCCUUGCUUUCGAGCUGCUUCAAACGAACCAUAAAAUGGAAUGUCUUGGAACAGAUUGGCGUUCCCCCUCAAGAGAGCCACUUUCAUUCAUUGCAUUUCUGUCCCGUGGAAGAAGUGUUCUACAAAAGGGAGGCUGAAAAAUGUGCCUCUGCAUUCCUGGAACAAGUUCGGAAGUUUCCAGAUCACAGUGUCAAGGUUGAGAAGCUGGACAGACACUCGGUCGGAUUGCUCUUGCAGCCCCUGAAGCGCUUACGCCAGGCAUGCUGCCAUCCUCAAGCAGUCCGAGGAAGUUGCCUGCCCAUGAGGACCGACACCAUGACCAUGGAGGAGCUUUUGACGUCUCUCAUCAAGAAGACGACCGUGGAAUGUGAGGAGGCACAUCGACGCAUGAUAUCUGCCAUGAAUGGCAUUGCUGGAAUCUACAUAAUCCAAGAUAUGCUCAAAGAAGCAGCCAACAUCUACAGAGAGGUGCUGUGGUCUGCAAAAGACCACAGCAAAAACAUUAAGACGGACAGGCUGCAACAACUGCAUGCUCUGCACAACUUGGCACAGCUUCUGGAUGCGUGCAAGGUUCCAUCCAGCGCCAUGACAUAUCCAGACAAGCCCUCGCUCGGUUGCGAGAACAGAAUUGUGAAUGGAACGCCUCCAGAUGCUUGCAAUACAUCUUUUUAUAGACUGCCAGAACAGAAGCACGAUGAAAGUACAGGACAGUACCCUAAAGUAAACAUAGUACAAACUGAGGCUAACUGCCCGGAAAUGCAAACCGUCUCUCCAGCACCGAUAGGUGCUCCAGAUAUUUGCGGUGAUGGCUUGGAAACAAAGUUUCAAGCAGUCUCGAAGAAAGAGGUGUCUUGUACCAAAGACCUGUCGACGGCAGACGCAAUAAUUAAUGUGACUCCAGCCGCUUCUGACAAGACCUCAGCAGAAACGUCUGAGCCAGACCUGAGAAAAGAUGAGGCAGACACAACUUUGAAGCUACCAGUUGACAGGACUCCCAACAACAGCUUGGAACUUUUACUGGGCGACACGGAUCGUCCACAUUCCAGUAAACUCGUAGAUGCUAACGUGUCCCGUGUGGAGGGAGUUCGACAAAUGGGAACGCCUGCUCUCCUAGUAUCUAGACUUACGCAGGGAAGCACCCCAAUGCCUGCAUUUCGGAAAAUCUCGUACAUUCCACAAGCUCCAAAUGAUGACAAACUGGAGGAGGAAGCAUUGAAGUUGAAAGAGUCAUACCUCGAAGGCUACAUUACAAGGACGACCACGGCAAAGGAGCAGAUGCUGCAAGCUGUCCAGGUAGUCCAAGAAAAUACGAAAAAAUUUACCUUGCCCAAGAGCAAGCCCUGGUGGAACACACUACUAAAUGCAAGCGUGGAAAAAUGCUUGGAUAUGUGGCUAGUGUCGAAGGUUAACACCGACCUCGAGACGCAGAAGUCUGCUGUGGCACCUUCGUUUUCUGGCCAGCUAACCAGUGUGACUGGCCUGCAGUACAUCAUCGAGACCCAGCUGAUGCAGCUGCAUAGUGCCAGGGAGGCCCUCCUGCACACCGUGGGAGACCUGUCUGCAGAGCCUUCCACCGAGGAGGUGACUGCUGCCGUGGAGUGCCACCUCAGGCCCAGCAGGAAGAAGCGGGACAAGUGCAAGUACUGCACCAUCCACGAGAUGUUCAACCGGUAUGAGAGCCGCCUGUUCUGCUUCACUGAGGGUGCCGCACACGUGGAAGAGCAGAACAAGGAGGAUGCACUGCUCGCCUCCCUUCGGCGGGGAAACUGGGGAGACAGCAACCUUGAGAAGAUCAUCAAGAGCCUCUGCAAGAACGCCGCAUUCUGUGGUAAUAAAGCAGUGUGUGAGGAUGGAGCAUUGCACAUGCAGCUGUUUACUGCCUUCAAGAAAGAGUUUCGGGCCAUGCGGGCUGUGUACAUGAGCACCACCGAUCUCGUGGCUGCACUCGAUGAACUGGAAAUGGCCACUUUGCGGCUGGAACUCCAACAGCCUGACAAGAUCGUCCACCGCGGCGGUAACAACAAGGACGACGACUCCAUUCAGAAGCCCACGAAUGUACUUUCGCCGUGGGAAGUUCCAGAGCAGCAGUCAAGACUGCUUGUUGAAAGAGAGCUUCACAGAAAUGACCUCAGGAAAAAAUUGGGGCAGCUCUUUUACCUUCAAAAUCUUGAAAAGGCCGGGGGUUCCGGCAAUGCCUCCAGCAACCCGGAGCCCUGCCCCAUUUGCCAGAACCCGCUGGGAGAGCGCUGGAGCGUCAUGCAGUGCGGCCACAACUUCUGCAUAGGCUGCAUCCAGAUGAUGCUGCGCACUCCCGCCUGCACGCGGGGCGGCGGCCUGCUCUGCGCCGUUUGCAGGAGCAUCAGCGCCCACGAGGACAUCUUCUUUGUGGACGUUAAGGCGAGCAAGCAGGACGCGCCUGAGUUUCCCGUGAAGGGAAGCCAUUCAACAAAAACAGAAGGCAUUGUGAGGACACUGCUGAAAAUCAAGGCAGAGGAUCCCAGUGCCAAAGCUCUUGUAUUUUCUACCUGGCUUGUUGUGCUAGAUGUUUUGAGGAAAGCUCUGGAAGACAAUGACAUCUCUUACAUACUGCUGAAGUCUGCCAACAAUUCCAAGAACAACCUGGCCCUGUUCAAGCAUGACCCCGAGGUGAGCGUGCUCAUGCUGCCCCUCUCCCUGGGAGCCAAGGGCCUUAACCUGACAGAGGCCACCCACGUGCUGCUCAUCGAGCCCAUCCUGAACACGGCCGACGAGCUGCAGGCAAUCGGCAGGGUGCACCGCAUUGGGCAGACCAAAACAACGCAUGUUCAUCGCUUCAUGAUACAAAACACAAUAGAGGAGAAAAUCGUGGAUUUCAUCAUGUCAUCUCAGACAUCAAGGAACCCUUCUGAAGAUUAUUCCAAAAUGACCAUCGGUGACUUGAAGAAGCUUUUUGAGUGAGGACUCAGUGACCUGCCAUAGCGCAGGUUAGCACAUCGCUAGGGGUUCCCCGUUUUUAAAUAAAUUAGAAAAAUAAUUUUAAAAAAAGCCAUUGCCGCUAAAAUAUUUGUCAAUCUAGGUUUAUUCAAUAAACUCUGUUUUUUUCUAAA